AUGGUCUUCACUUACGCGCCCGAUUUCAUAGUAAAGAGUAUACGCAAACGCUCUAGACAAGCCGUGGAUCCAUGUCUUGGAUUCUACCCACUCAUCACCUCACCUUCGGUGGUAUACUCUCCAGUGUCACACUCCGUCAUGGCAGAGACUGCCCUUCAGAGCCAAUCUGUGUCAGAUUCCCACGGUUCUUUACCUCUUGUUCAGCCGCCCGAUGCUGCCUAUUCUCCGACGCCCAAGGUUGACCGUCUCGUGCAGGAGAUUUCUCAAGCAGAGGUCAAAACAAUGGUCACUGUGGAAGACUUCCUACGCUGGUCUUCAGAACCUGUUCUCAAGCGCUAUGGAAACAGGAAAAGAAAGUUCGCGGACGUUCGAGGGUAUUCUGAAGAUGAAUCAGACAAAAACGGUUCAGAUUAUAGACCUUCAGAUUCAGAGUCAACUGAGCUGCAAUCGACUCGUCAUGUCAGGCGGCGUUUGUCGAGGAGGGUGCGAGUGGGCACGUCGAAGAACGCAGAUGUGGUGAAAAGCCUCAAGAAACACCGUCAGCGGCUCUCUGAGAAGUCGUUGGCUGAUCGUCUACUCACAGCUGCCGUUCUUUCUCAUGUCGAGAUUGGCCCUGCUCAUGCUGACGACGAACAGAGCACGCAUAUACGCGGCCGUCCUCCACUCAAAUUCAUUCGCGUAGACCGUGUCUCUUCUCCCGCUUCGAUCGCUAACGCUCGGCGAGGAAAUGUCGUAGAUCCCCGCAGGGUCGCCCCGUUCCACGAUGUUGCCUUCUCCUUCGCAGGCACAAGUUCUCCUCAGUUCCGAGACUCGGUCCGCAAACCGAUCACAAAAUGGCGACCCACUGCAUCCAUGACGCCCACUGGAUACGCUAUGAGUUCCCGCCGUGGCAAGGGUGCAACAGGAGGAUCCUCCUACCAACUCGGGCGCUAUGACGUCAUUCCUCUAGUUUUUGUUCCGCUUCCCGAACACGAAGCUGGGUUUAACGUGACAUUCUCCGAGUGGCGUGCUCAUCCAGACUGCGCAAAUAACAGAUGUCGGAACACCCAGCUUUCAGGGAAUGCUGAGUAUCCUCCGUUACCCUUCGUACCGCCUGUGCAGGUUGUGCCGAACGAGCAUCCUCAGUACUCUCGAGGUCUUGAGGAUAGCCCACAACUGCCGCUGCAGAAACAAGUUGCUUUCUCAUCCCCUGCUUUCUCUAGUCCCUUUCGUCACAGUCGGUCUACGGAGCCAUUCUCUUCGGCCGACGACCCUGUUCUCUCAGAUGAAGAUGUUCGAAGUGCUGCGCCUAGUGAAGCAUCGCUUUCGGCUUUGAGGAACAAGCACAGUACUCACGCAGCCACUUCUCCUUCUGUAUCCUCUGCUACUGCCACCCCUCUUGUUCUUGCGAACUGUUUGCAGUCCGCUUAUCCUACAACUCAACUCUCGCCCAUCGCUUUUGCUGCUGCUAGCUCGCCUCUCGAUGAUUUACCAACUCGAAGUCCUACCUUGAGAGCAUCACAUGCUGCAGACACUCGAGGCUCUUUCCGAAUGCCUCUAUCUGCUACGCGCAGCAAUCUUUUGGAAGCCAAGCAAAUUCCAUCAACUGUCACAGUACCCAAGAAUCUGAAACCUCUCAAGCCGCUCUUCUCCUUUUUUGAUGACUUCUUGAAGACUGCCCGCGCUGUCACAGCUGCAGCCAAUGCCCAAUGCAAUGACGCGUCAGUUACUGGUUCUGCUCCCUCCUCCCGUCUUCCUGCAUCCGCCAAGCGGCUCCCCUCAGAUAGAGGACCUAUGAUGGUGCGGCUUCAUCGGGACUCUGCCGCCCAAGCGCGCCUGAAGCUCGAUGUGCUCACGGGUGAGGUGCGGCGCACGCCACGUUUGAGUGGAAGAGUCCGCAAACGUCCGUCUGCAUCUGUGUUGCGGCGACCACCCACCCCAAAUCUGGACGUGGUCGACCUAUCAUCUUCGUCUUCGAUAGUUGUUUCUGUGGACACACGAUCAUCACUUGCCUCGAGGCCAUCUAUGUCCCCUACUCUCAACCGGAACUCCGCUCGUCUAGCGUCCGUUAAUAUCGCCACUCCCCAGGGCAACUCAUCCGCGUCCUCGGCUUCCUUCGACAUCCUUGCUGCACUCCGACGCACAACAACACAUGUCCUACUACCUCCGACGCCAUGCAGCGCCGUGGCUCGUGCGCCGAUGCCAUAUGCCCUAGCAGACGAGGAGACAUGCGGGGAAGAUGAGUCGGUUGGAUUGGGUCCAACGGUCGAUUUUUUUGGUGGUUUGCGGACGCGUUCGGUUACACCUGAAGAUAUGCCGUAG